AUGGCUUUCUCGACGGCCUCCCAUCUACCGUCCUUGGACUUGACGGGCGACUUCAAUCAUCUGCUGCAGACACACAACGCCGCACCUACAUUGGGCAAGGUUGCUCUGGACGUCGACGUACUCGAGGGCUUCGUAAAGGAAGCUUACCGCAUAAACUCCCACAUCACCAGCCUGCACAAAGAACUCAAGGAUGUCAGGCAAGCGUACCUCUCCACAGCGCAGCCACGGAGGACACCUGGUCGCAAGGGACAGGGACCGCCGCAGGUCCUAACCGACCGCGAGCGCGAAGAAGUCGACGUCAACGCAAAGCAAAUGAUCAGAGAGCUCAACGCGAGCAUACGAGCUCUAGACGACGCCGAGCAGCUUCGCCGAGAGACAGAAUCGGCCCUCAUUCGGAAGAAAUACGCCAGCAGCUUCAGCGCCUUGAGCUCAUGGGCAUCUGGGGGCGGCGUGUCCAGUCGGUCGCCGGAACAUGCGGCGGCGGAGGCUCAGGCGCAACAGACCGACAUUCACCGGGAUGGCAUACUCUGGCUCUUGCGACAAAGACUGGAGCUCUGUUGUCGCACGCAGCAAGAUAUGAUGGAGACGAGGUUGACGAGAGAGAUGGAAAAGACCCGCGGCAUGCUAUCUGCGCCGGCUGGAGAUUUCACUCCCUUUCCGCCAAUGUCAGAAAAGGCAUGGAUGGCGGCUACUAUGGUUCAAGAUCCGGCAGACGACACGCCUGCUGAGGCGCCUGAAUAUACUCAGGGCGUGACACAGGAACAGUUGCAAAUGUUUGAGGAGGGUAAUCAGGACAUGCUGAGGCAUUACGAAAGUACGUUGGACAAGGUCAGAACCGCAGAACAGUCACUGGUGGAAAUCUCAGAGCUUCAAUCUCUUCUGGUCAAUAAUCUGGCUGUACAGUCUGAGCACAUUGAGUUGCUGGUUGCCGACUCGUACUCAACGGCAGAUAACGUCGGUGGGGGAAACAAGGAGCUUAAGAAGGCUACGAAACGACCCAGUACAGCUCGCUACACAUUUUUCGCGGCCAGCGGGUUAUGUGCUUUCCUUGUGAUAUGGGAUCUCAUCAUAUGA